AUGCCUAAAGCAAAAAGAGAGACAGCUACUAAAAAGACACCUUAUGCUCGUCAACAGGGCAAAGACAAAAAGACAAGCAUAAAGAAUAAAAAACCACUGACCAAGUCUGAAAAACUAAAAAAUGCUGAUCUGACAGAAGAUCUCGACAAUAUCCUAGAGGAUCUUCAACAGCACCUCACUCCUAAAAAGAAAAAGCUGAAUAUCAAAAACGAUUCCAUGGAAGACACAUCCAAACUAGAAGAAGAACAACGUCUCUAUGAAAAGACACAAGAUGAUAUGGACGCUGCUCUAGGUCUAUUAACCAAACUGUAA